AUGGUCUCGACAGGACGUGAACUUGGACUGUACGAGCGCUUCUCUCUCACUCGGGCCAACGUCAGCGUCGCCCCUUCGGUGGUGCUGUAUGCUUCGUUCAAGUCCGAGGCUGAGUCGACUUCAGGCUCCAAGGCUGCGGCUCUCGAACGAGCCAUCGGUGAUCUGUUGAACGAGUUCCCUCUUCUUCGAAGUCGGAUAGAAGGUCGAUACACCCGAACUCCGCGCUUCGUCGAACGCGAUGCGACGAACGUAUCCGACAUCUUGGACGUCGUGCGAGACAAUGACUCAUUGGCCCGCGUAGAAGGGUCGCCGAGCCCGGACGAAGUCUUGACGACGAGGUUAGGAGCGGGCCUUCAUCAAGCAAACGAGAUGGACGUCUCCGUUGGACCCUUGUGGAAGGUGCUACAUCACGAUCGAAAGGAAGAGCAAAGCAUCGUGCUCGUAAUGCACCACACCCUGUCCGACGGGCUCGGGGCGAAGAAUCUGUUUGCUCAGAUCGUUCAGCGGGUGACACGGCCGGACGAGACCCAGGUUCAGAAUCCGAGUUUGCCUAUUUCAUUCGAGCAUAUACCUCAAUCACAAGAACAAUCGGUCCCGGGCCUCAAGAGGAUGCACUGGUCGUUCAUGGCUGGCAUGAUGUGGGCCGAGGUCAUCCGCCCUUUCUUGCCAUUCCGUUUGAUCGCAUCGAAGAGGGCCACCGUCCUACCAAACCCACCCUUUGUACCACCUUACCAACAACUGACUGAGCUUCGUAUAAUCCGUUUGCCGAACGAACUCAUGGCGCGUAUCAAGGCUCGGGCUCGAGCGAAUGGGGUGUCGACUUUGCACCCCGUCUUGCUCACUGCGCUGUUUGCUUCGUUAUUGUCCCAUCGGAACAACAGAGACGAUGAAAAAGAUCUAAUGAUGGACGAAAUCUUGCUAGAAACACCCGUGUCGGUGCGCGACGUCGCGUUGGGCCACCCCAUCACCACGGGCAACUACGUCGCCGCGAUCUCCACACCACCUUCAUUCAAGGCCGCCACGCUCUCAACACGCUUCUACAGCCUGACCCGGUCAUGUGCUUCCUAUCUCUCCUCACCCGUCGAGCGGACCCGAGCCGAACAAAUGAUGCUCACCCUUUCACUCGUUCCUGAUCCUGCCUCGGCGGCCGAAGCCCCUGUCGAACAAGGCACCGGAUGGGAGACGUGGUUGAGGAAGAAGAUGGAGAACGAAGUCGGCACAUGGUCCUGCACGAUCGAUGCUAGCAACUUGGGCGUCUUUCCAGUUCCCAAAGACGUCGCCGAAGAGAUCGAAGUUCUCGGUUGGGCUCAGCCAGGGAGCGCGAUGGGGGCUGCGAUCGGAAGCAAUGUGCGUCUGUUGUCUUGCCUCUUCCCCGCUAUUAGUAAAGUGUGUGCACGCUGAUUCAUCAUUGGGGGCGAUACAGAUCAUGUCGAGUCCAGCGAAUGGGGGCGAAUUGGUCGUCACCUUAUGUUAUCGCCGAGGUACCAUCAAGGAUGCUCUGCUGGACCACAUUUGUGGCAACUUCCCGCGCGUGCUGGAAAGGCUCGGUCGUGCGGACGACUCUGAUGAAGGCAUCACGUUGGCCGACCUGACCAAAUGA